AUGUCACAGAGAAAGGCCAGAGGGGCACUGGCCAUGCCGGGAGUGGGGCAGAGCCCGGCGAAGGCCAGGCCGAGGCUGCUAGCAGGCACCCACAGCCGGAGGAGCCGUCUGAGCAGGACCAGGCAGGACCUGUGGGAAGGGACCGGCUGGAGCAACCAGAGGUGGAGCAGAGCUGCCCCUGCCCCCAGAGGGGCCGGCACCGGGAGCCUGGCUGGUGUCAGGAGUGAGGUCAGUCCUGAGAACGCCGCACGAGAGCGGAGCCGGGUGAGGACACUGCGCCAGGCCUUCCUGGCCCUGCAGGCCGCUCUGCCUGCCGUGCCCGCGGGCACCAAGCUCUCCAAGUUGGAUGUGCUGGUGCUGGCCACCAGCUACAUAGCCCACCUCACCCGCACGCUCGGCCACGAGUUGCCUGGCCCCGCCUGGCCACCCUUCCUGCGUGGACUCUGCUUCCUGCACCCUCUCAAGAAGUGGCCAAUGAGAUCGCGUCUCUAUGCUGGAGGCCUGGGGUGCUCUGGCCUUGACUCCACCACAGCCACCAGCCUGGGCCAAAGAACAAAGGAGGCAGAGGCCAGGCCCCAAGUCCCUGGAGAGGCAGAUGCUCUCCUCCCCACCAGGCCGCUCCCACCCGUUCUUGGUGAUAAAUGACCUUCACGCUCACCUUCACUUCUGGACUGCGACUCAAGCUUAGGGACCUGGUUUCUUCUCUACCAGGCCCUGCCUGUCUGCACACUGACUCUUACCCUAUGGAUCUGACUCAACCCCAGGUUCCAGCCUGCAGACCAGACAAAGCCGCGGGCACGUCUGUGAUGGAGUGCUCAGGGG